AUGAAAUCUAGGGUUUUCGACUUCUUGAAGCAAUCAAGAACCGCGAACCGAAACAACCACUUGCUCAACCAUAUCGAAACCAAACCCAAAGAUUUGUUCGAUGUUUUUAUCAACCAUAGAGGGACCGACACGAAGAGAAACAUAGCCUGUUUGCUCUACGACAACCUCUCGAGGAGAAACCUAAGGCCAUUCUUGGACAACAAGAGCCUCAAACCCGGAGACAAGCUCUUCGAUCACAUCGAUCGGGCUAUCGUCUCUUCCAAGGUGUCCGUUGCCAUUUUCUCCCCGAAUUACGGCCAAUCUUAUUCCUGCCUUCACGAACUUGCCUUGAUGAUGGAGUCAAAGAAGAGGGUUAUCCCCAUCUUCUACGACAUCAAACCGUCUCAACUUGACAUUUUGAUCGAUAGAGAUAGAUGUUCCGAGGAGGUUAUCGAGAGAUUCAGAUGGGCGCUCGAUGAGGCAAGACAUACCAUCGGACUUACGUUUGAUUCCAUGAAGGGGAACUUGUCAGAGAUCGUGACAGUUGCUUCUGAUAUUGUCGUGGAGAGGUUGAUGGAGCUUGAGGUUGAAGAGGACAAUAAUAUGUAG